AUGGCACAGGUACACGGUUUGUCAGACAUUUUGAAGGGCGCCUCAUUAGAUCUUAGCCCGUACGAGGAUCUGUACAAGUAUUUCCACGCCCACCCCGAGCUUUCGCGGCAAGAGAAAUCAACAUCUGAGAAAAUCGCAGCGCAUCUAUCUGCGCUGAAAGCAUAUGAAAUCCACACAAAUAUCGGGGGCUAUGGUCUUGUAGGAGUACUCAAGAAUGGCGCUGGAAAGACUAUCCUUCUCCGCGCUGAUAUGGAUGCGCUUCCCGUCAAGGAAUUAACAGGCCUUCCAUACGCAAGCUCGGUCACCAUGAGCGACGCCGAAGGUGUCGAAAAACCAGUGAUGCAUGCAUGUGGACAUGAUAUGCACAUAACGUGUCUUCUCGCAGCAGCCGAACUUCUUGCAAUCACUCAACAUGCAUGGAGCGGAACGCUGAUUGUACUUUUCCAGCCGGAUGAGGAACGGGGCGGUGGUGCGCAGGCCAUGGUUGAAGAUGGGCUCUACUCUAAGAUUCCUGUUCCGGAUUAUUGUUUUGGGCAGCAUGUGAUGCGUAUGCGUGCGGGGACUAUUGGGUCACGACCCGGGACAAUUAUGGCGGCUGCUGAUAGUAUGAAGGUAACCGUGUUCGGGCGCGGUGGUCAUGGAUCUCUGCCUCAUCAGACGGUGGAUCCUGCUCUACUUGCUGCACAUAUUGUUGUCAGAUUGCAGAGCAUCGUGAGCAGGGAGAUUGACCCGACUGAUCUGGGAGUAGUUACGGUUGGAAGUCUGCAAGCCGGACAGACCGAGAAUAUCAUUGCGGAUCGCGCUGAAAUCGGGCUUGAUUUCAGGACGGUGAAACUCGAGACUCGUAAUAAAAUACUAUCUGCUAUUCGACGUAUUGUCGAGGCAGAAUGUAUGGCUAGCGGCUCSCCMAAAMCACCAACAUUCACGCCAACACGUCGCUUCCCACCUACCAACAAUGACAAGAAUGUCGCGUCUCAAUUAGCCGCGUCCUUUGAAACACAUUUUGGAGACUCUUUUGAUGGAGAUAUAUCGAGGUCAAAUGUUGCCGAGGACUUUUCUACGCUGGCCACCAGCAAGGGCGUGCCAGCCUGCUUUUGGUUUCUUGGAGGGAUUGAUCCGGAACUAUGGGACAGAGUAUUGAAAGAAGAAAAUCCUACAGAAGAAAUACCAACGAAUCACUCAGCUUUGUUUGCGCCUGUGAUACAGCCGACGAUGAGAGCUGGUGUGGAUGCUCUUUGUGUUGCAGCCUUGACGUUUCUGAAGAAAUAG